CCGAUUGGGCGGGGCGGGGCUGUGGGCGGUGCCGCGGUGAGCCGCUGUCAUGGCGGAGCUGAGUGAGGCGCUGCUGUCGGUGUUGCCGUCCAUCCGGGUGCCCAAGGCCGGCGACCGCGUCCACAAGGACGAGUGCGCCUUCUCCUUCGACACGCCGGAGUCAGAUGGCGGCUUGUAUAUCUGCAUGAACACGUUCCUGGGCUUUGGGAAGCAGUAUGUGGAGAAGCACUAUCAGAAAACAGGCCAGCGGGUCUACCUGCACCUCAAAAGAACACGUAAACCGAAGGAGGAAGACACCAACUCCAGUGCUGGGGAUCCCCCAAGGAAGAAACCAACUCGCUUGGCUAUUGGUGUAGAAGGUGGAUUUGACCUCACAGAAGAAAAGUUUGAAUAUGACGAAGAUGUAAAAAUAGUGAUUUUGCCAGACCAUUUGGAUAUUCCACGUGAUGGGCUGGAGGGACUACCAGACAUGGUCAAAGACAGGAUUGCCAGUGCCAUUGAGGCCAUCCUGACAGCAGAUUCAGCCUCACGGAAGCAGGAGGUGCAGGCUUGGGAUGGGGAGGUUCGCCGUGUUUCCAAGCACGCUUUUUCCCUGCACCAGCUUCAGAACGAUGUCCGCAUCCCACCGUGUGGCUGGAAGUGCAGCAAGUGUGACAUGAAGGAGAACCUGUGGCUGAACAUGACCGACGGAGCCAUCCUCUGUGGUCGGCGCUACUUCGACGGCAGUGGUGGCAACAACCACGCCGUGGAGCACUACCGAGAAACCGGCUACCCGCUGGCUGUGAAACUGGGAACAAUCACUCCUGAUGGGGCUGAUGUCUACUCCUAUGAUGAGGAUGACAUGGUGUUGGAUCCCAACCUGGCAGAACACCUGGCACACUUUGGGAUUGACAUGCUCAAGAUGCAGAAGACAGACAAGACGAUGACAGAACUGGAAAUUGACAUGAACCAGCGCAUUGGCGAGUGGGAGCUCAUCCAGGAGUCUGGUGUUCAGCUCAAGCCCCUCUAUGGGCCUGGCUACACUGGUAUCCGUAACCUGGGCAACAGUUGCUACCUCAAUUCUGUGAUGCAGGUGCUGUUCAGUAUCCCAGACUUCCAGAGAAAGUAUGUGGACAAGCUGGAGAAGAUAUUCCAAAGUGCACCUUCGGACCCCACACAGGAUUUCAGCACACAAGUAGCCAAACUGGGCCAUGGACUGCUUUCUGGGGAGUAUUCAAGGCCAGCCUCUGCAGAUGGGGAGCAGCAGUCUGAUCAGAAGGGUAUGCAAAAUGGCAUUGCUCCACGCAUGUUCAAGUCCCUCAUCGGAAAGGGGCACCCAGAAUUUUCCACUAACCGACAGCAGGAUGCCCAGGAAUUCUUUCUGCACUUCAUCAACAUGGUGGAGAGGAACUGCCGCAGCUCGGAGAACCCUAACGAGGUCUUCCGUUUUCUGGUGGAGGAGAAGCUGAAGUGCCUGGCCACAGAAAAGGUGAAAUAUACCCAGCGUGUGGACUAUAUUAUGCAGCUGCCUGUGCCCAUGGAUGCUGCACUCAACAAAGAUGAACUGCUGGAGUAUGAGGAGAAGAAGAGGCAGGCAGAGGAGGAGAAGCAGCCGCUGCCUGAGCUGGUGCGAGCCAAGGUGCCUUUCAGCUCCUGCCUAGAGGCCUAUGGAGCUCCAGAGCAGGUGGAUGAUUUCUGGAGCACAGCCUUGCAGGCCAAGUCUGUGGCUCUCAAAACGACGCGGUUCGCCUCUUUCCCAGAUUAUCUGGUCAUCCAGAUCAAGAAGUUCACUUUUGGUCUGGACUGGGUGCCCAAAAAGCUCGAUGUUUCCAUUGAAAUGCCAGAGGAGCUGGAUAUCUCUGCACUGCAGGGAACGGGGCUGCAGGAAGGAGAAGAAGAAAUGCCAGACAUUGCACCCCCACUGGUGACACCAGAUGAGCCCAAAGGUAGCCUGGGGUUCUAUGGCAACGAGGACGACGACUCCUUCUGCUCCCCUCACUUCUCCUCUCCGACAUCACCCAUGCUGGAUGAGUCGGUGAUUAUCCAGCUAGUGGAAAUGGGCUUUCCCAUGGAUGCCUGCCGCAAAGCCGUGUAUUACACAGGGAAUAGCGGGGUUGAGGCGGCCAUGAACUGGGUCAUGUCGCAUAUGGACGAUCCAGACUUUGCUAACCCAUUAGUUCUCCCUGGAUCCAGUGGGCCAGGGUCAACUAUUGCCUGCCCAGACCCUCCUUCAGAAGACAGUGUGGCCACCAUUGUCUCCAUGGGCUUCUCCCGGGACCAGGCAAUGAAAGCGCUUAGAGCCACGAACAACAGUCUGGAGCGUGCUGUGGAUUGGAUCUUUAGUCACAUUGAUGACCUCGAUGCAGAAGCUGCUAUGGAUAUCUCAGAGGGGCGCUCGGCAGCCGAGUCCAUCUCUGAAUCCGUCCCCGUGGGUCCCAAAGUGCGCGAUGGGCCUGGAAAAUAUCAGCUGUUUGCCUUCAUCAGCCACAUGGGCACUUCAACUAUGUGUGGACAUUAUGUUUGUCACAUCAAGAAAGAUGGCAGGUGGGUGAUCUACAACGACCAGAAAGUCUGUGCUUCUGAGAAGCCCCCCAAGGACCUGGGCUACAUCUACUUCUAUCAGCGGAUUCCCAGCUAGAACAUCCUCUUGCUGUGUGUGGUGGGGGGAGAGUGGGCUGAAGGUGUGGGGGGGAAAGGGGUGGGGGCAGUGAGGGUGGGAGCAGGGUCCUUCUCUUCCCUGCUCCUUUCCCCAGUCCCUUCACGGCCUCUCUGUGGAGACACGGGGAGACAAGAGUUCACUGACUAAUCGACUGGGGGCUGGAGCCCCCGUGGACAUGAGUGAAGGGGGUUUGGGGGGUUGGGAAUAUCUGUUUCUAUAGGAAAUGUCCUCACUGUCCUCACCCCCGUGACACACAGCCCUAGUGCUUCGCUGCUUGGUGGGAUGAUGCCGCCUCCUUGCUGUCCGGAAGGAGAGGAGGGGGCUUGUGUGUACGUGUGGCUUGUGAAUGGGGGGGUUCCUCCUGCCCGCCUUGUCCGGCGGGGGUGUGGGGCGGGCAGCAAGGCGGGCCACGAGCAGCGCUUCCCCUUGUGUGCCCUUGACAUGCCAAAAUACACGAGGGACAAAAUAAAAGUGGAAAUACC